AUGGCUGAUCAAGAAAGAGUACCCGAAACUCAAGCUCAACGUGUUAGGUCUGAUACUCAAGAACAACGUUCUGAAAAAUCUUAUAAGGCUGCCGCUCAUAAUCCGACUGUAUCUCAUGAGGCUAG